AUGUUCGAAGUGAUUAUCUGGCUGUUUUGCCAGUUUUUAACGUCUACUGGCGCACAGAGCAAACUUGCUCAUUACAGUACGUACAAAACACAUCAGAAGCAGUGCAAAACGCAAUUCAGAUGCUGAAUUAUGCGGUCGUCAGUCGACGUACACAAGUUUCGUUCUGACCGAUGGAGCAGGCAAUACGGGCAAUCCGACUCAUUUGGCCCCAUGGGCGGUACAGAUCCGCAUUAAAGCCGGAGGCGGAGAUUUCUCAGUCGUUUGCGGAGGAACACUCGUCACGGCGAAGCACGUGCUCACGGCUGCUCACUGUUUCCAGAAGAAGUUCGGAGCCAAGAAGAAGGGUGCUAGUGACAGUUUGUCCGGAAAGUUUUGUGAAAAGUGAGAUGGACCUUGACAAUCUGGAAACCUUCAUUCACAUUCUUUCUCAAUCUUUGUAGGAAUCACCGGUUCAGUGACGCUGAGAUUCUUGCUCGAACAAUGGUCACCGUGGGUUCAAUGUGCACGAAAAGAGCGGAGAAGUACGGCUGUGUGAAUGAGAAGCAGAACGGGAAAACACUGAAGAUCAAAAGAUUCGCUAUCGGCGACUUUUUCACCAACAACUGCGAAAAGGGCAACGAUAUAGUGAUUCUGGAGCUGGAGAGCAGUGUAGACGGUGUGGAAGGAGCGAAUUACGCGUGUCUUCCGUUCCUUCCGAAUGUCAAAUUCACUCCAGAUACCACGAACGUGACCUCUUUCGGAUGGGGUUCAGAUCCCGGAAAGGGCUUCGACAAGUCCGUGUUCCCGAUGAUCCAGGUGCUGUCUCUGGUGCCCGAGAAUCUGGAAAGGUGCAAUGAGAACUGGGGAACCGCCGUUCCGUUCGACUCGUUCUGCACCGUGGAGGAGGAGGACAAGAACGUUUGCGCCGUCCGUUUCUUUCGAUUCCUCUCACUUAUUCUAGUUCUCGAUUUCAGGGCGACAGCGGGGGCGGUCUGACAUUCCAUCAAUCGAGUUCGGCGCGCGAGUUCAUCAUCGCCAUCGUCUCGUACGGUUCGGAUUGUGUGCAGCUGAUCGGAGGAUCCGAACCGAGAUCGCAGAUAAACACGGACAUCCGCAAGCACGAGAAGUUCAUCGUCGACUUUAUAAACGCCUGA